AUCGCAUUAAACUCACGCUACGCCAGUUACCCUUCAACCACGACCGCAUCAAGCAUCAACCCAACCCAAGACCAAUCCGACAUCUUUACAGGAAACCGAAAUCGUACACCAUCAUGAAGCCCAUGUUCUCGGCCGGCCACGCAACGUGCUGCACCAUCCUAUCUGUCUUUGGAGUGAUCUUCCUGGGGACCAUGUCCUUUCUCUUCUCCUUACCAGCCGAGUCCUUGACCCAUACCGUCAACGACCCCGAUAAUCCUGCCGAGGUCGCCAAGGCCUGCUUGACCGCCACGGCCUUCUAUGGAUUCAUGAUCCUCUUCUGUGGUUGCCAGAGCUGGUUGAACAAGCGGGAAGAGCGUGCACAAAUUCAGUUGCAAUAAAAAGUCGUCUUUUUAUUCAAGGAAUCUACAUUGGUAUAAUCGCUUUGCUGAGAUAGCAGUGAUGCCUUGCUAUUAAUAUUUUUUGUCCGCACACUGAUCCCAGUUGCCUUCAGACCUGUGCAUCGAUGCACCCGCUAAGAAUGUUUAUUUUCGACAUGUCUGCAAAUGUGUUCAUAAAGUCUUUGAACAAAUCCUCGAUGCGCCAAUAAGCAAGAAAACGACAUCAUAAGCACUAUGUGUAUUAAACAAAGGCGAUGGGAAGAAGAAAAAAAAAAAGAAAAGAAAAGAAAAGAAAAAAGAAAAAAGAAAAAAAGAAAAA